UGAAGCGCCACCGUCCGCCUCACUUCAGUUUAUGGUAAGUCUGUGUCCUCUCCUGCGUUACCGAAAGGCGUCUGUCGGCUUUACAAAUCCGCCGUGUGAACCGGGGAUGCUGGGGGGAUCCGUGAAGCCGUGGGCUCCUGGACAUGUUAUUGUCACCACCAGGAAAUGAACGCUGGUUCUCUAUCUCACAAAUAACUGUCAUUAGCAGCAAACACGCAGCGCUACAGUCCGCAUGAGAGAGGUUCUUCUGUUGAAUGUUUAACCGUUUUUUAAAAAUUCUUUAACGGUCGAGAAGAAGCAGUCACAGGGAGCAGAACUAACAAGCCGCGGCCGCUUGACAGGUGCCGUCGCCCGGCGCUGCGUGGAGAGAUGCCGCCCGUCCAGAGAACGAUGUCUGAUCUUCGUACCCGGUCAGAGGGGUAUGAAAAGGCAGAGGACACAUCAGAGAAGACAUCCUUAGCUGACCAAGAAGAUGCCCGACUGAUAUACCUCAACCAGCCGCAGUUCACCAAGUUUUGCAGCAAUCGAGUCAGCACAGCCAAAUAUAAUGUCCUCACCUUCCUUCCUCGGUUCCUCUACUCACAGUUCAGGAGGGCAGCCAAUGCCUUCUUUCUCUUCAUUGCACUCCUGCAGCAAAUCCCAGAUGUGUCUCCCACUGGUCGCUGGACCACACUGGUGCCGCUGCUCUUCAUCCUGGUGGUGGCGGCUGUCAAGGAGUUCAUUGAGGAUCUGAAACGUCACAAAGCGGACAACGUUGUCAACAAAAAGGAAUGUCAAGUUCUGAGAAAUGGUGCCUGGGAGAUUGUGCACUGGGAGAAGGUGGCUGUUGGGGAAGUAGUCAGAGCUGCAAACGGGGAUCACCUCCCGGCUGAUCUCGUCAUACUGUCGUCCAGUGAACCGCAGGGUAUGUGCUAUAUUGAAACAUCUAACUUGGACGGAGAAACAAACCUUAAAAUCAGACAGGGUCUCCAAGUGACCGCAGACAUUAAGGACAUCGACAGCCUGAUGCGUCUCUCCGGGCGGAUGGAGUGCGAAAGCCCAAACCGCCAUCUGUACGAGUUUGUUGGGAACAUCCGACUGGAUAGACACAGUACUGUGCCACUGGGUCCAGACCAGAUCUUACUGAGAGGAGCUCAGCUGAGGAACACCCAGUGGGUCCACGGUGUGGUGGUCUACACAGGACACGACACAAAGCUCAUGCAGAAUUCCACUCGGCCUCCACUGAAACUGUCCAACGUGGAGCGUAUCACCAACUUUCAGAUCCUUGUGCUGUUCGGAUGCCUGCUGGCCAUCUCUCUGGUCUGCUCGAUCGGCCAAACCAUCUGGAAGUACCAGUAUGGCAAUGCUGCCUGGUACAUGGAUCUCAACUCUCCAGAUGGCGGGGCGGCUAACUUUGGCCUCAAUUUCCUCACCUUCAUCAUCCUGUUCAACAACCUGAUCCCCAUUAGUCUCCUGGUCACACUGGAGGUUAUCAAGUUCAUCCAAGCUUUUUUCAUCAACUGGGACACCGAUAUGCUCUAUGAGCCCACGAAAACACCGGCCAUGGCACGCACCUCCAAUCUGAAUGAAGAAUUAGGCCAGGUGAAAUACAUUUUCUCUGACAAGACGGGGACCCUGACCUGCAACGUCAUGCAAUUCAAGAAGUGCACCAUUGCUGGUGUGGCCUAUGGCCACAGCACACACUCAUCAGACGAGGCCGGAUUUAAUGACCUGAGCUUACUGGAAAACCUCCAAAGUAAUCACCCUACAGCUGCUGUAAUCCUGGAGUUCAUGACUAUGAUGGCCAUCUGUCACACUGCAGUCCCUGAACGCACUGAUGGAAAAAUCACAUACCAGGCAGCAUCUCCAGAUGAAGGAGCUCUGGUGAGAGCAGCACAAAACCUGGGCUUUGUGUUUUCUGGUAGAACCCCAGACAGUGUCAUCGUGGAAAUGCUCGGAACAGAGGAGAGGUAUGAGCUGCUUCAUGUGCUGGAGUUUACAAGUGCGAGGAAGAGGAUGUCAGUCAUCAUGCGCACCCCAUCUGGGAAGAUCCGCCUCUACUGCAAAGGAGCUGACACAGUGAUCUAUGAUCGUCUGGCAGACAGCUCUAGGUACAAAGAGAUCACAUUGAAGCACCUGGAGCAAUUUGCCACUGAGGGGCUGCGCACUCUGUGCUUUGCGGUGGCAGACAUCAGUGAGUCGUCCUAUCAGCACUGGCUGGAGAUCCACCACAGAGCCUGCACUUCCCUGCAGAACAGAGCCCUCAAACUGGAGGAGAGCUAUGAACUGAUAGAAAAGAACCUGCAGCUUCUGGGGGCCACAGCGAUCGAGGACAAGCUCCAGGAUAAGGUGCCUGAGACUAUAGAGACUCUAAUGAAGGCCGACAUCAAGAUCUGGAUCCUGACUGGGGACAAACAGGAAACAGCCAUCAACAUUGGACAUUCUUGCAAACUACUGACCAAGAACAUGGGUAUGCUCGUGAUCAAUGAGGACACACUUGAUAGAACAAGGGAAACCCUCAGCCACCACUGUGGAAUGCUUGGAGAUGCCCUCUACAAGGAAAACGACUUUGCUCUUAUUAUUGAUGGGAAGACUCUCAAAUAUGCUCUCACAUUCGGAGUGCGCCAGUACUUCCUGGACCUCGCCCUGUCCUGUAAAGCUGUCAUAUGCUGCAGGGUAUCUCCACUUCAGAAGUCAGAGGUAGUGGAGAUGGUAAAGAAACAGGUGAAGGUGAUCACGCUGGCUAUCGGUGAUGGUGCUAACGACGUAGGGAUGAUACAGACAGCUCACGUCGGUGUGGGAAUUUCAGGCAAUGAGGGCCUGCAGGCAGCAAACUCAUCUGACUACUCUAUUGCACAGUUCAAAUACUUGAAGAAUCUGCUGCUCGUCCACGGAGCCUGGAAUUACAACCGUGUAGCCAAAUGCAUCCUGUACUGCUUCUACAAGAACAUUGUCCUCUAUAUCAUUGAGAUCUGGUUUGCAUUUGUCAAUGGUUUCUCGGGUCAGAUUCUGUUUGAACGCUGGUGCAUCGGCUUGUACAAUGUGAUCUUCACUGCUCUGCCUCCUCUCACUCUGGGAAUAUUUGAGCGCUCCUGCAGGAAAGAGAACAUGUUGAAGUACCCAGAACUCUACAAAACCUCCCAGAAUGCUAUGGGUUUUAAUACCAAGGUCUUCUGGGCCCAUUGUCUGAACGGCCUCUUCCACUCCGUCAUCCUCUUCUGGUUCCCCCUUAAAGCCUUCCAGCAUGAUACAGUUUUUGGCAACGGACGAACUCCAGACUAUCUCCUAUUAGGCAACAUGGUUUACACAUUUGUGGUCAUCACAGUUUGUCUUAAAGCUGGCCUCGAGACCUCAUCCUGGACCAUGUUCAGUCACAUCGCCAUCUGGGGAAGCAUCGGCCUGUGGGUGGUGUUUUUCAUUAUCUACUCCUCCCUGUGGCCCCUCAUCCCUCUGGCCCCCGACAUGUCAGGAGAGGCGGCGAUGAUGUUCAAUUCGGGGGUCUUCUGGACAGGCCUGGUCUUCAUCCCCAUCACCUCGCUGGUCUUUGACGUGGCCUACAAAGUGGUGAAGAAGGUGUGUUUCAAGACACUGGUGGAUGAGGUGCAGGAGCUGGAGGCUUUAUCCAAAGACCCAGGAGCAGUGGUGCAUGGAAAGAGUUUGACGGAGAGGGCCCAGCUCCUGAAGAACGUCUUCAAGAAGAGUACAGUCAGUCUAUACCGGUCUGACUCCAUGCAGCAGAACCUGCUCCAUGGCUACGCCUUUUCUCAAGACGAGAACGGAGUGGUGUCACAGUCUGAGGUCAUCAGAGCGUAUGACACCACCAAACAGAGGACCAACGAGUGGUGAGCACCGGCCUUCUCCUUCCUGGCCGGCCUAUCCGGAGCCACAGCAGCCAUUUCUCAUGGCGAUAUUUGAGGAGAAGCCGUGACGCGAGCGUGUGCCUCCAGCACUGAGGGGAUUUUUGGACAUGAAUAUGAAACGAAUAGAGGAGAGUGACAAUGUGUAAUCUUUGAAAAAGGGGGGAAAAAAACAAGGAGCAAAACAAAUAGUGUUCACUCUCAGCUGUAGUUGUGUGUCCAGCAGAGUUGAUGAGCACUGUGCUUUCUUAGCAGUCUGUGGUCUGAAGUUCUUCACUGUUCUCACUCAGUUUGUCAGAGUGAAAAGUCUGCUUUCUAUUGAUUUAAGGAAAGACAGUUUUUAGCACUGAGCCAAAAAAGUCUAAAAUCAUUGUAGUAAAUUGAAAUCAAACUCCUAAUCACUUAUUGUAAAAGUUAAACACUAGACGAUGAUUCGUUUUUUUUGAAGAUUUGAACUUGUGUCAGAUUGCCAAAGAGCAGUCGUAUAUACAAUCUUCUAAAUACUGGUGAAUUCGGAAAAAAAAAACCUCAAACCAAAUGUAAUCACACUCCUGGGUGUAUUCCAGCACUACAUGGACCACUUCAGAGCAGACAUUUGUAAUUUUUAAUUUACUUUUUGCACUUAAGGAAGCAUCUCUUGUGUAAAGCCUUACAUUUGCUCAUGCCUUCAUCCUCUUUUAAACUACACUUUUUCUUUUCUUUUCUUUUUUUUUAUUUUUUAUUUUCGUUUUUAAAGUAUGUAGAUAUCGUGCCUGGUUUUAUUUAUGUUUCUCUUUUUUUUUUAACCGUUGCCUCUGCAACACACCGUAGUCCGGCUUCCACCAUUUAUACAGCAGAGGUAUUGCUCCUGACAAAUAAUUGCAUUCCACACAUCACUCCUGUCUCAACAAUCACAACGGUGCCUACGUAGACCUUUUCCCUCUUAGAAGAAAAAGAUAGCAAAGAAUAGUUUAGCCAGCUAGCUUAGAACAGUGCUUCACACACCUACUGAAGACAAAUCGCUGUCUCCCCCCCGCUACAGUAUUGCACUUGUACAAUGUGAAAAUUACAGUGCCCUUUGGCACAGAGCGAGAUUUGUUCCUGCAGAGUUGAACGGGAGGCUCUAUGAUGGUCUUGUUUAAGCUUACAGUGGUUAUAGUGUUUCCCUUAAAAUGGAGAUUUUAUCCUUCUAACAUAAGUGCCAUUAGCUUAAGGGAGAGAGAAAUAUUAGCCAGGAAACUCCACGACAGUAUCAAAACUACUUUGUCUCUAUAGUUAUUUUGUGGAUUUGUAUUUUUAUAUUGGAGAUGUAUGAAUUUUGCAUUGACCGGCUUUGUAAUGAACUGUCUGUAACUCUUUGUUUCUCUUCCUCUGAUAUACUGGCAGGAUAGAUUAGAUCGAAUGAGGAGCUUUCUUAAAUGUCUUGUUAUUAUAAUAUUAAUAUUGUUACGGCUUGAUUUAUUUAUAAUUGACUACUUAAUGUCUGUGUGAUUGCUUUCUUCUCCCUAUGGGAGAUCAGAUUUCUGACAGUGUGUGCGUGUUUGUGUAUUGCCUGCAUGUGCAUGUGCUGUGAGCGUGAGUGUGAGCGUGUGUGCGUGUGUGUGUGUGUGUCACCUCUACUGUGGAUAACUUCUAUGUAUGCAUUGCAUGUCUGUGUCCUUCAAUGUGAGACUGGGAGUUACUGGUGUCUCCUGGUGUGUUUCUUAUAUUGUGAAUGAGUGCGUGCGUGCGCGUGUGGUGACAUUCGCUCCAGUUGUCUGUCUGCACGACUCCAGGUAUAACUAUGGUGUACUACUGUGUGCUGAUGCAUGGCCGGUAUGGGGAAAGUGUGAGUGGCGUGUGUAUGUGUGUGUGUGUGUGUUCAAACUCUCUGCCUCGACUGUGGGAGUUUCUGAUGCUCAGCUUGCUUCGACAGGAGAUGUUGCACAAUGCACUCGAUGUACCUUUUCCAGUAGUGGAUAUCUGGUAUUUCUGUUUAUGAUUUCUCUGAGUGUACAUGUUCGUAACUUGUUGCUUUACAAGACAGCUCUUCUGUGUUUCUCAGUUCAGUGAGGGUUUAUGAUUUUUGGGUUUUGUUUUUUUUUCUACGCUAGUCUUAAUUGUUGAAACUUAAUCGGUUGUCAUCUUGUUAAAAAUUUACAAACCGCUGAAUGUGGAUGUCGUCGUCGUCGUGGAAGGCUUGGACUGUUGCUUUCUUUUUCCAGAAAAAAAUAAAACACGUUGUUGUUUGUGAAAGUCGUGGGCUGCAUGAAUGGAUAACACAAAACUUCUCUGAAGUAUUAACUGUACUACUUUGAUUCUCCCUCAAGUGUUGAUCACUUUACAAAAGAAAAAAAAUGCACCUUUAACUUUUUUUUUUUUUUUUUUUUUAAAUAUUUGUUUCUUUUCUGUCAUUUUUGUUCAAUGAUUGUUUUGCAUGUUGGGACUGCAAACGUAUAAGUGUUGUCUUUUACUGCCAUGAAGGACUACUGAAAUAAACUUUACACUCAUGGAGGAACAAUGUGAA